ACUAUAGGAGUUAUCGUUCCAGUUUAUAUUACAGUUCACUGGUUCAACGUGGAAGAGCAAAUAUGUCUAGUAAAGCAUCAUUUAAACUAGUCUCUGUAGAAGAAGUUAGCAGGUUCAUUCAAAGUUGUAUGUGUCGAGUUGGCACAGAUCCUGGUCAUUCAAAGAUACUUGCUGAUGUUCUUGUUGCUGCAGAUGCAAGAGGACAUUUUAGUCAUGGAUUAAAUAGACUGGCCAUGUAUGUUCAUGAUGUUCAAGAAGGUACAACUUCAUCCAUUGGUCAUCCUGUCAUAGAAAAGGAAACAGUCUCUACUGCCUUGAUCGAUGCUAAAAACAUCUUGGGACCUGUGAGUAGUACAUUUUGUAUGGAUCUAGCAAUUAAAAAGGCUAAAGAAACAGGUGUUGGAUGGUUGACCUGUCAUAAUGCCAAUCAUUUUGGUAUUGCUGGCUAUUACUCCAUGAAAGCUGCUCAACAUGGAUUAAUUGGAAUGGCUAUGACUAACACAUCACCAUUAAUGGUACCAACUAGAGCAAAAGUGAAAACAUUGGGGACAAAUCCACUUUCAGUGGCUGCUGCAGGAAAAUGUGAAGGAAGUAAGAAUGAGAAAGAUAUGUUUGUUUUGGAUAUGGCUACAACUUCUGCAGCUCUUGGAAAGGUUGAAAUGGCUCAUCGUAAACAUGAAAAAAUCCCAGAUGGCUGGGCAGUGGAUUCUGAUGGAAAUCAAACAAAUGAUGCUGCAAAGGCUUUGAAUGGUGGACUUAAUCCAUUGGGUGGUAGUGAAGUGAAUAGUGGUUAUAAAGGUUAUGGUUUGUGUUUUAUGGUUGAAUUAUUUUGUGGUAUAUUGUCUGGUGGUGCUUUUGGUCCUCAUAUUAGACGUUGGGGUCAAAAUGAUGUUCCUGCUAAUUUGGGUCAAUGUUUUGUGGCUGUUGAUCCUAAUAAGUUUGCUCCUGGUUUUGAAGAACGUUUAAGUUCAUUAAUGAAUGAUUGUCGCUCACUUGAACCAGUAGACAAAGAACUUGAGGUGAUGGUUGCAGGUGAUCCUGAGCGAAAACAUAUUUCUAAGGUUGAAAAGAAUGGCGGGAUACAUUACCACGUAAAUCUUCUCUCAUCAUUGGAUUCACUAGCAGAUGAAUUACAAGUGCAACGGAUGCAUCAGAUGGAAGUUUAAGAUUAAAUAUUUUAGAGUUACAAAUUAAAUAUGCGACGACAACAUGUACCAUACUUUCCACUUAGAAAUCGUUUAGAAUUUUUAAAGACUGUAAAAUUCGUAGUGACAUUUUUAUGUUUAUAUAUUUUACUUUCCUUACUCGUCACUAACCCUCGACUUGACUUCAAUGUAUUUUUAUGUGUUGAUUUUCUAAGAGAAAGUCGGUAGUUAAAAUCAUGUAUCCCACUUCAAGCCAUUGUCCCUUUAGUAAAAGAAAAUUAAACAACAGUGGUUUUAAAGUUAGAUAUUUCAGUUCCGUGACAACUCUACUGACAUAGAAAUAAAGCCUUUUUUAUGUAUA